UAAAGAAAACUUAACGCCACGUCUCCACCUGCUUUAUUUCUACCACUGUUCGUCCCUUUUAAAUCUCUGUUCUAUUUUGGUAUGUACACUCCUCUUCCCUGCUGGUUAAGUUUUAGACUACUCUUCUUUUCCAUUUCACACAAGAAUAAAAACACAUGAUAUUCCACUCAAUCCCCUCAUUUCUAACCAUAUUUAUUUUUAUUCAAACAUUCCUUCUAUCAAUAUUAAAUAUAUGCGUGUAUAGACUUAUAAUAUAAUCCCUUCCCAUAUUAUAUUAUAUUAUUAUAUAUAAGUGUCAUGCAUGUUUGUGAGAAAAUAGUGAAGGAGAGAUAACCAGAAUGGAAAAGUAUGAGAUUCUUAAGGACAUUGGUUCUGGGAAUUUUGGAGUUGCUAAGCUGGUGAAGGAUAAGUUCAGUGGGGAGCUUUUGGCAGUCAAAUAUAUUGAGAGGGGCCAUAUGAUUGAUGAACAUGUUCAGAGGGAAAUCAUGAACCAUAGGUCCCUCAAGCAUCCCAACAUCAUUAGGUUCAAAGAGGUGUUUCUGACACCGACUCAUUUGGCCAUAGUAAUGGAAUACGCUUCAGGUGGAGAGCUUUUCGAUAGAAUUUGCACUGCUGGAAGAUUCAGUGAAGAUGAGGCAAGAUUUUUCUUCCAACAGCUGAUAUCAGGAGUUAGCUACUGCCACUCUAUGCAAAUUUGUCACAGAGAUCUCAAGCUUGAAAACACACUCUUGGAUGGAAGCUCUACGUCACGCCUCAAAAUAUGUGAUUUUGGUUAUUCAAAGUCUUCAGUUCUGCAUUCUCAGCCCAAGUCCACAGUUGGAACGCCAGCAUACAUUGCUCCAGAAGUCUUCUCCAGAAAAGAGUAUGAUGGAAAGAUUGCAGAUGUUUGGUCUUGUGGGGUUACACUAUAUGUGAUGCUGGUUGGUGGUUAUCCAUUUGAAGACCAUGAGGAUCCUAGAAAUUUCAAGAAAACCAUCACAAAGAUACUAAGCGUACAAUAUUCAAUCCCAAGCUAUGUUAGAAUAUCUAAGGAGUGCAAACAUCUCUUAUCUCGGAUAUUCGUGGCUGAUCCCGACGAGAGAAUAAGCAUUGAGGAGAUCAAGAAACAUCCAUGGUUUCUGAAUAGCUUAGUGGAAGAAAUCAUGGAUGAUGCAGAGGAAGACAAAAGUGGAGAGCCAAAUCACAACAUUAAUAAUGGGGAUGAAGGUGGGCAAAGUGUUGAAGAAGUGUUAGCCAUAAUAAAAGAAGCUCGAAUGGCUACCGCAAUGGACGGCCUCCUAUUGACAGAAGGUGAGAUGGAUGAAAUUGAGGAAAUGGACUUUGAUGCUGAUAUAGAUGAUGAUAUAGAGACAAGUGGGGAGUUUAUAUGUGCAUUGUGAGCUAGCCUAAAUCACUAAUUCAUGCCAUUGUCAAGCCCAAUCAUUCUACCAUGUAGUUUGGAUUUGAUCAUUUUUACUUGAGAAGGGUAAUUUUAGUAGAGUUGUUAUAUAAUUGAAUAAAAUAAUGUAACCCUUUGUCAAGAAUAUAAUCCUUAUUAUGUGAAUUUUAGAAGUUACAAAAUAAUUAACUUUGUCACUUUGAUUGUUUCAUUCAACAUACUACGUAUAAUCAAUUAUAAUGGGAAU